AUGGGAUCCAGAGCCAUCUUGCUCCUUCUCGGGCUCCUGCUUCUCUCUACUGAGCUGCUGGCACAGCAGAGAGGCAACUGCAGCCUUCCUCCGGACAAGGGGCCUUGCAAGGCAGCUAUAACCUACUACUACUAUGACACUAAUGUGGAGACCUGCAGACGAUUUCUCUAUGGCGGGUGCAGAGGGAAUUCAAACCGGUUCAGGAGCAAAAAGGCAUGCAUGUACGCUUGUGUGAAGAAAGGAAGGAAGAAGUGAAGAAAUGAUACCUGCCAUGCCAACUCUUUC